AUGGCUUUAUCACAGACUGCUCUGAAAGAUUAUGAACUGCCACACCUAUAUAAGGCCUUAUUGACAGCUUCAUGUCUGUCAUGUCCAGAUGACCCCAUUCAGUUUCUGAAAAACACUCUCAUGGCCCUGCAGGGACAUGAUAAUCUACAGGAUGUUGACUGGCACAAGUUUGUUGAAGAUGCAGAACAACGCUCUGCAACAACCUCACAGACAACAGCAGCUGUGGACACUACCCAUAUGGACCCAGAUGAUAAUAUGUUGUCCUUUUGUCUGUUCGAGAAGGCCUACACCUGUUACAGGACAAAUUUAACAAGCUCUUGCUUCAGGAAGUGGAAGAGCUACACCACACAGAGUAAGAGAGAUACCGAAGAGCUGGCACUGAAGAUGGACAUGACAAAGAAGCAUUUUGAGAGGAAAUGCAAGCAAGCUGCUCUCACCAAAUGGUCGAGUUGGGUAAAAUUAUACAAGAAGAUACAGGCUGCUGCCAUCGGAAAACUUGAGCAAGUAGUUAACACUGCCCGUCUUAAGCGCAUCAUAGCUGCAUGGCAAAUUGUUGCAAAGGACUCCAAGAAGACGAAAGAGUACUUCAAGAUCUUUCAGUAUCUAGAAUUACGAGACUGGCUAAACUGUGCAGAGGUGUGUUGCACAUGGAAAGCUAUCAUUCAGUCCGGAACACUGUGGAGCCAGAUCAACUUCUCUGUGGAAAAAGACUGGAUAACAGACAGCACAAUGAAGCAGAUUCUGCUGAACUACCGCCCAUUUGUGAUUCAUCUCAACCUGCGUGGCUGCACGUCCUUAAAAUGGCAGAGCUUGAAAUGCAUCAGUCAAUGCAGAAAUCUCCAGGAGCUCAAUGUGUCGGAGUGUUUCAACAUUACUGACACGAUGAUUCAGAGAAUCAUUGAAGGCUGUCCCUGCCUGCUUUACUUGAAUCUUUCUUGCACACUCGUAACAAACAAAACUCUCAGAGAAUUGUCCAGAAACUGUCUCAACCUUCAGUACCUCAGUCUGGCCUACUGCUACAGAUUCACAGAUAAAGGCUUUCUGUACCUGAACACAGGAAAGGGCUGCCACAAUCUUAUCCACCUCAACCUGUCCGGCUGCACUCAGAUGACGGUAAACGGAUUCAGAUACAUUUCUGACGGAUGCCCUUCACUCAAAGAGAUUGUGGUCAAUGACAUGCCGACACUUUCAGAUAGCUGUGUCUUGGCCCUGAUUGACAGAUGUCGCUGUCUGUCUUCCAUUUCUCUGCUGGAUGCACCUCAUCUAUCCGACAUCGCUUUCAAAGCCAUCGCUGAAGGAGCCAAACUUAAGACUUUCAGCACUGAGGGUAACAACCAACUAACGGACCUCAGCUUGAAGGCCUUGUGCAGCAGCUCGCACAACCUCAGCAGACUCCACGCUACAGAGUGCCCCAGAAUAACUGAUGCCAGCCUCAAAUCUGUGGCCAUCCUCAAAAACCUGCAACAGCUGGACAUCUCAGGUUGCAACAAAGUGAGUGAUAAAGGGAUUUAUUACCUAAUCGAAGGUUCAUCAGCCACCACAUUGCGAGAGCUGAAUGUUAGUUACUGCAAUCACAUCAGUGAUAUCUCCGUCAUGAGGAUUACAAGAAGGUUGUGUAAGCUGUACCAUCUCAACUUGAGUUACUGUGAGAGACUGACCAAUGCAGCUCUAGAGUGGCUGAGUGGCAGCUCUGUCUGCUCUAUAGACAUCAGUGGUUGCAACAUUCAGGAUCAGGGACUGGCUGCCCUCGAGAGAGUUCGAUGGAAGAAAUUAGUUCUUGCUGAAUGCGUUCAUGUCACAGAUAUUGGCAUUGAGAAGCUGUGCAAGAAUGCGAGAGAUCUGGAGCAUGUUGAUGUGUCUCACUGUGUAGCUCUGUCUGACCCGGCCAUCAGAGCCCUUUCUUUUUACUGCAGAGGGCUAGUCACACUGCGGAUGUCAGGUUGUCCGAAGAUGACAGAUAUGGCAGUGCAGUAUCUGACAAGUGGAGCUCGGUACCUGCGAGAGCUCGAUGUGAGUGGCUGUGUUCUUCUCACAGAUCGCACUCUCCGACUCUUAGAGAGGAUCUGUCCUCCACUCGGCUCCAUCACGAUGGCCUGCUGCAGAGGCAUCUCCAAGUUGGCCGCUUUAAAACUGCAGCCACAUGUGCAGUACUGGGAGCACAGUAAUGACGACCCUCCCUACUGGUUUGGAUACAACAGGGGCCAAAUAGUGCAUCCAAUCACAAGACCCAUCAAGAUGGAUGACUUGGGGAGGGGAGGAGCAGCACUUGAUGAUGACAAGAGCAGCAAGUACAGAGAGGAUAUAAACACAUUUAAAUAACUCAGGACAACUAAUGCACACAUUUGACAAUCACAGCAGAAAUGAUUUUGGGCAUACUGUAUACUUUAUAUCAUAAUAUAUUAAGAGCAUCAUUACGAUACAUUUGAAAUAAUCCACACAAAAAUUAAUCAGAUCUUCACAUUCAGUCUGUGUUUAAAUAUACAAGGCUUGGCAAAAAAUCUCAAAUCACUGGUUUACAAUUAAGUUAAGUCUCAGCUGUCUAUCCUCUGUGUACUGUAAUUAGGCUUUACGGCUGUCUAUAAAGGCCACAGCACUUUCAGUCAUACAGUGUUUGUUGACCAGUCAAAAUCUUUUAAUACUGGGAAUCACUCUUGUUUCUACAUAAAUUAUCCACUUAUUGGCCUUUUGGGUCAUUUACUGUUUUAUAUGAAUGAUAUAAUAUUGUUUUUAAAUAAUUUAAUUUAUUUUUUAUUUUGAUUUAUCUUUUUUAAACAGUGCAUGACUUUUGUAUGCACACAACACAGUUUUGUUCCAUAUAUUCUAAAGUGUGCCGUUCUGAUUAAUAAAUCUCUUUAUAACUGUUUGUAACAAAAUGUCUACAUUUUGUUAUUAACACUGCUUGUCUGUGGGGUGUGUUUGUCUUUUUCCUUUAGAGAUAUGUUUGUUUAUGCUCUUUACAUAAAAAAAGCUACAUUAUUUUGCAUGGAAACCUUGUAACUGCAUUAAACCUCACGUUAUUUCCACACAUUUCUACAAGUUUUUCAAGUGCUUGGAUGUGUUUUUUAAUGCAGGACCUAAACAGUUAAUACUCUCUAAUCAUAACUAGAGAGACGCAAACUCAGUUUCUGCUUAACGCUCCGAUGAAAUGAAGCUCAUUAAUUGAAACAAGUGACAGAUCCUGUACAUUUUCUCAGCUCAUUUGGACCAAUUAUUUGAAGCACCUUUUUGAAUAUGCAAAGAGGAGUAUGGGAGACGUUGGAAAUUAUUCAUAUUAAGUGUCAAGAUAAGCAUUUUUUAAUGAGUAACUUUCAUUAACUACUGCCUGGUUAUUAAGAGUGAACAGCUGUGA